AUGCCUGCUGCCUGGCGCUCCGUUAUGACCUACAACCGCUACGCGUCCAUCUGCGCACGCACUGUCCGCCGUGUCCUCAAGGAGGAGAAGCGCAUCGCGGCCGAGCGCCGUGGAGAGAUGAUGUUGAAGAUGGCCAAGUGGGAGGGUGGCAGACAGGGUGAGGUCAAGACUUUGAUUGAGGAGGUCAAGGCUUAA